UGAUUUCUUUAUUUUCAGUAUAUUUGUUGCCUCUGCCAAGGCCAGCAUUUAUUGACAAGGAGGUGGGAGUGAGCUGCCUUCUUGAACCUCUGUAGUCAUAAGGCCAAACAGCUGUAUUGCAUGGAAACAAACCCUUUGGUCCAACUCAUCCAUGCCGACCAUGUUGCCUAAUCAAAUGGUCUGAUUACAGAAGAAACUAUAAGGUUAAUGAGCUGGUUGCCAGCCUUUAAAAACUGCUGCCAAUGAACAACCCAUUUAUGUUCACCAUUGAGACCUAAUCUGAGAGAACUAUGGCAGCUCAAAGAAUCCGCUCCACCAACACCGGCGGGCUUCCUCGGUGUAAAUCCGAAGGCACACUAAUCGACGUGAGUGAUUGUUUAUCUGAACUCAAUAUCAGUGAAUUCAAAGUACCGUCUCCCAGUACAUUGCGAUUGGACACACCUACAUCUUUUGGUGAUGCACGAGAAGUUGUGGCUAUUAAGGAUUACUGUCCAACUAAUUUUACCACACUCAAAUUUAAUAAAGGGGAUGUUUUAUAUGUCUUAGACACAUCUGGACCUGAGUGGUGGUAUGCCCACAACAAUACUGAAAUGGGAUACAUUCCUGCUUCCUAUGUACAGCCCGUUGGCAGAAGCCCAUCUCUCCGAGACAGUGGCAUGGUGGAUAAUAUUGGUGACAGUUCUGAUGAAGGUGUCAAAGAGAUGGAUCUACUUGGAGAAUGGGGAGAUAUCUUUGACAAAAUGUCUGCAAAUACCAAACAGAACAAUCCAUUCUUGAACGGCUUUGCAACCUCCAACCCAUUUCUCAAUGGCAAUCCACAGAGCCCCAGCGCCAACAUUGAUCAGGCUCCUAAAUCAGAAGUGGACCUACUUUUGUUUGAUUCAUUUGCACCACUCCUGGCCGGUUCCAAAACAUUAACAGCAAAUGGCGGAACUAAUGGCGUUUUUGAGGAAGACCCAUUAACUCGUUCAAAGGACGAGUUUGAUCCGCUAUUGAGUCGGAACAACCCAUUCUUCAGAAGCAAGCGAUCAUACAGUAUGUCAGAACUUUCUGGUCUGCAGGCCAGGUCUGCCGCACCUCCCUCGUCUGGCUUCUUCAACAACAUGCAGUCUCCAGAGCCUGAACAGUUCAGGAGCCGGGAGGACUUCCGAACAGCAUGGCUAAACCAUAGGAAACUAGCACGUUCUUGUCACGACCUAGACUCUCUUGGACAAAGUCCUGGCUGGGGUCAGACCCAGCCUAUAGAGACUAACAUAGUUUGUAAGCUGGACAGCAGUGGUGGAGCAGUUCAGCUUCUGGACACUAAUAUCAGUAUUCAUGUCCCUGAAGGACACAUUUCUCCAGGUGAAACUCAGCAGAUUUCCAUGAAGGCUCUGCUGGAUCCUCCUAUUGAGUUGAACAAUGAUAAAUGUACAACCAUCAGUCCUGUGGUUGAGAUCAAAUUAAGUAACAUGGAAGUUAAAACAUUCCUCACCUUGGAAAUGAAAAUUUCUGCCGAGCUAAAAGAUAAUGUGUUGAGCAAGAACGGUGCCAGCAUAACCUGCUUGAGUAGUGACAGUAAAGAUGGGCCCUUCUCAACAAUGCCUCAGGUGUAUCACUAUGGUGACACAGUGCAGGUGCAGUUGGACUCUCUGGAGCCUUGCAUGUAUGUUGUUGUUGUGUCUCAGGCCAAGAUACUGCAGUUCCCUGCCACUGUGUGGGAGUGCAUUAACAAAAAACUUACGGUUGGGGUUUAUGGUCCGAAGCACAUCCAUCCUUCCUUCAAGACAGUGGUGGCUAUGUUUGGGCAUGACAGCGCCCCUAAGUCCUUGCUGGUAAAUGAAGUGAGUCGAGAGCUUGUGAGCGCUCCACCUGUCACCCUGCAGUUGUGGGGCAAACACCAAUUUGUGCUAGCAAAACCCCAGGACCUGAAGAUCAGCAUACACCCGAACAUUUCCAACUACGAGGUCAUGUCUUCUGACCAGGUGAAGGUUGUCCGUGGAUUCCAGGUGAAAUUGGGCAAGGUCAGCCGCCUUAUUUUCCCCAUUAACUCCCGCGUCCCCGAAGAGCUUUCUGAUUUCACGCUGAGGAUCCAGGUCAAGGAUGAUCAUGAGACAAUAAUGACACAGUUCUGUGUGAGGACACCGCAGCCGCCCCCAAAAUCGGGAGUGCGAAACAGCGGGCAGAGGAGGUUCCUGAAGAAGAAAGAAGUCAGUAAGAUUGUUCUUUCCCCCUUGGCUGUCACGAGUAAAUACCCCAUAUUUCAGGAUCGCCAGGUAAACAAUCUCAGGUAUGGGAAACUGCUGAAGACUGUCAUUAGGCAAAUGAAAAACUAUUACCUGUUGGAGUACAAAAAAGGAGAUGUGAUCGCAUUGCUAAGUGAAGAGAAAAUUAAGUUGAAAGGCUAUCUCCGCACGAAAGAGUGGUACAUUGGGUUCUAUCAAGGAAAGAUAGGAUUGGUGCAUGCCAAAAAUGUGUUGGUGGUUGGGAAAAUUAAGCCCAGCUUCCUUCAUGGGCCUGAUCUCACUAGCUCUGCACUCUUGGAGCAGAUUCUUCGCCCCAGCAAGUUUCUCACUUACAUCUACGCUUCAGUAAGGAUGACCCUGAUGGAGAAUAUCAGCAGCUGGAGAGCGUUUGCAGACGCGCUGGGUUACAAAAGCUUGCCUCUCGCACACUUCUGCCGGACGGAGAUCGACAGUGAGCCUGAACGUGUGGCAUCAGUAUUGGAAAAACUCAAGGAGGACUGCAAUGAUGUGGAGAACAAAGAAAAGAAGUCGUUUCAGAAAGAGCUGAUGUCUGCCUUGUUGAAGCUGGACUGCCAGGGUCUGGUUGCCAGGCUUAUUCAGGAUUUUGUAUUGCUCACUACUGCCGUGGAAGUGGCCUCGAGAUGGCGUGAGCUAGCUGACAAACUGGCCAGAGUGUCCAAGCAGCAGAUGGACGCCUAUGAAGCUCCCCACAGGGACAAAAAUGGAGUGGUGGAAACUGAGGCUAUGUGGAAACCAGCCUAUGACUUCCUGCUGACAUGGAGCGCACAAAUCGGCGACAGCUACAGAGAUGUGAUUCAAGAGCUGCACAUGGGGCUGGAUAAAAUGAAGCAUCCCAUCACAAAGCGGUGGAAGCAUUUGACGGGAACCCUGAUCCUGGUCCACGCUCUCGAUGUCCUCAGAGCAGCAGCAUUUCGUCCCUUGGAUCAGGAUGACGCAGCCAUUUGAACGAUACUUUCACCUCUUCAGUGAAGACUCAGUGAGAGCAGAGAGUAGAUUUGAAUCAGUCGCCCUAAUUUCUAUUUAGUGCCAGCUUCAAUAAACCAUCCUUACAACUUAGGGGGCCUCUGAUGUUGCAAAGAACCUCCAUUGUCAGUUUUAUGGCACUGUAUUCAAACCAGUCUGGCUCCUAAGACUUUUUUUAAAGAAAAGAGCCACCUGAUAUUGGGAGUGAAUUCUGAUAGCUUGUUUUGCACAAAAUCAUUUGAAUUUUAUAUAGUGAAUGGGUGAAUCCACCAGUGAGUUAGUAAUACAGCUCCUCUCUGUUAAAAGGGGUUAGGUUCCUAUAAACACUCUUUGUUAAGCAAUAAUUCAUAUGUAUGAAGGUAUAGUAAACUUUUAAACUUUGUGGCAGAUACCAGCUACCUUGGAUGGUGAGAAUAGAUCAGAAGCAACUCAAUACCCUUAUGUAAGGAUGAAGGUAACCAAGCUAAUGUUGAGGAGCUCAGAUAAACAUCAUUCCUCCAGAAGCCACUGGAGCAGGAUGGAUGACAGCGAGUGCUCGAGAGAUUCCCACCGCCCCCCCGCCCCCGUUUUUAUACAGUUUAUAUUAUCUCAAAAACACCUCCCCAUUACCCUGAUCGAAAAAUCAUUAAAUGUUGCUAGCUUUUAUAGAUUCACAAUCACAAUAAUACUUUAUUAGCCAAGUAUGUUUUGCAACAUACGAGGAAUUUAAUUUGCCAGGUCAGUCAUACAAAUAAAAGGCAACGGAACACACAAAACACAUUUUAACAUAA